GCCUGGAAGACCGCCUCAAAGAUCUGCAGAACGGCACGCUGGACGAGUUUGUUGAACGUUGUAGAGCGUUUGAGAUCGGGAAGACGCAUGAAGUCGACUUGGCAAACUUGCAUCGCACGUUGCUCCUGCAAAACAUCAGCGAGUUGCUCGCAUUUGACUUGCGGCAAAUCGAAGAUGGGCACAAUGCGUCGGUGGGAGAAUUGCAGUCAGCAAACCCACCACGGAUAGAUGCCGCCCAACACGUCGAAGUCGAAGUGCCGACGUUUAUCUCCCCAGCACCCAUCACCACACAUACCGACGACCAACUUCAACAGGAACUCGAGCAAUUUGAGCAUCGCAAGCACUUGCAUUUCAGCAUGGACCAUUUGAAGGCUUGCGUCCCGUCCGUCACGACCAUCCAGCACCAGCUCACGACUUUGCGCGAAAGUCUCGCGUCGGUGAACGAGAGGUUGCGCCAAGCAACACAUCUCAAUGCCAGUUACGACCACGAGACUCGGACAAUUCAUCUGGGCCCGAUGAGAUUGUGCGUCGGCGAUGCCGUCGUACUGACGUCAGAACUUGCCGAGGAAGACUUAUUUGGGACCAUUCAUGCCAUGACUGCAACGACGAUUCACUUGCAUCUCCUUUGCGGCAACGUCGUUCAAGUGACCUUACAAGCGUUGCGUGAUCGAAGGUGUCGACUCCGCUUCCAAGACAACAGGAAAAAUAUUGCUCAGCCGUCCCCGUCCACGCGCAAAGUCAACACGACGCCUCGAUCGAAGCGAACUACCCAGCGGAAACGACUCGUGUCGCUGAUUUAGCGCCGUCAUGGCUCGAGCGCCUCGCGUACGUCGCUGCCUUCGUAAUAGGGCACUUGCGCGGAUGUACCAUGCAGCUAGACGUGGCAACCAGUGCACCAUAAUUCUCUAAGACCCGUCACGUUGACCGACGGCACGCCAUCACGACCACACAUACGCCCUCAGCGGCACCGCCACGUCGUCCUUCCUCGCAGAUCCAUCGAUCUGCAUGUGCUUGCAGUAAGUAUGUUUAAAUUGUUGUGCAGGGGCUGCAUGCCG